CCCUUCAGUGGAGCUGGCCUCCACUCCACCGAUUGCUUUCAGGGGACUGGGAAAUUUGCUGUACAGAGGAGGAAACUUAGUCUGUGAAGAACUCUAAAGAUACUUGACAUUUCCACAAACUUGGGGUUAAGUCUAAACAUUACAAAAGGGACUGCUGGCCCUAAUAAACCUGUGAGUGUAUUUGCCGAAGCCAGUGUUGCACGGAGCGAGGCUGUAUCAGACCUCCAAGAGGUGGUGUCCUUGAAGGAGCGGAUGGCACGGUACCAGGCUGCUGUAACCAGGGGUGACUGCCGCAGCUUCUCUGCCAACAUGAUGGAGGAAUCAGAAACGUGCACAUUGCCUGGUGGUUUGGCCAGAGUGAAGAAGCAAUUUGAGAAAGACAAAACUGCCUCUUCCUGUAAUACCUUUUCUCAGUAUCAAUACCAGCACCAGAACAGAUCUGAGCAGGAGGUAAUCCGUAGCAGCCAGAUCGACAUUUCAAGAAGUAGCCAGGAAAUGGAAAGAAAUGAACAAGAAAUUUCCAAAGCACAAAAAACUGAUGUUCUUGGAACAGAAAUGGCCUCUCAUCUUGAAAAGCAUAGCAAGGAAAUAAACCAAGCUUCACGGCUCCAUCAAUAUGUUCAAGAAACAGUCAUAGAUACACCCGAGGAUGAAGAGAUUCCAAAGGUUUCAACUAAGUUUUUAAAAGAGCAGUUUGAAAAGUCUGCCCAGGAAAAGGUCCUUUAUUCUGACAAAGAGAUGACCCCAGCCAAGCAGAUUAAGAUUAUUGAAAGUGAAUAUGAAGAGACUUUAAAGCCAUCAUCGCUUGUGGCUACCUCUUCCACUUCUUGCACGUCAACCAGCCAAAGGAAGGAAACAUCAGCCACAAGAUACAGUGACCACAGAGCCACUUCCUCAAUUCUGGCACAAGUUAAUGCCACUCCUUCAGGAAAGAUAGAAGAAUUUCCUCCUCCCCCGCCUGAUCUACUUCAAACUCCAAUAGAUGUGACAGCAUUUUCCCAGUCCCCUGAACUCCCCAAUCCUCCUAGAAUACCACCAGUUCCCAAAGAAUUAUAUUCCAAGCAAAGAAAUUUGUAUGAAUUAAACCGUUUAUACAAACACAUCCAUCCUGAGUUAAGAAAAAACUUAGAAAAAGAUUAUAUCAGUGAGGUUUCUGAGAUUGUUUCACAUCAAGUGAACCCAGGAAGCUCAGCUUCAGCAGAUGUGCAACAAGCCCGGUAUGUUUUUGAAAAUGUGAAUGACAGUUCUCAAAAAGAUAUGAACUCUGGAAGAGAACACUUGGAAUGGGAUGAAAUUCUGAAGGGGGAGGUGCAGUCCAUGAGAUGGAUAUUUGAGAAUCAGCCUUUAGAUUCUAUUAACAAUGGUUCACCAGAUGAAGAUAACAUCUCCAAAGGCAUUGCCGAUCAAGAAAUCAUUGCUGGUGGUGAUGUGAAAUAUACCACAUGGAUGUUUGAAACUCAACCCAUUGAUACUCUGGGGGAUCAUUCUUCUGGCACUGAAGAAAAUGCUGAGAAAAUUCCGGAACUAGCCAGAGGAGAUGUCCGCACAGCUCGGUGGAUGUUUGAAACAAAGUCAUUAGACUCAAUGAAUAAAAUGCAUCAAACUCAAGAAGAAUCAGAAGUAACUGCCAUAAAGGACAUAACGAGGGGGGAUGUCAAGACUGUGAGAUACAUGUUUGAAACUCAACAUCUGGAUCAACUUGGACAGCUCCACUCAGUAGACGAGGGACACCUACUGCAACUCAGGUCUGAGCUCAAAGAAAUUAAGGGAAACGUUAAGAGAAGUAUAAAAUGUUUUGAAACUCAACCAUUAUAUGUUAUUAGAGAUGGCUCAGGUCAAAUGCUAGAAAUUAAAACUGUUCACAGAGAAGAUAUUGAAAAGGGGGAUGUAAGAACAGCACGUUGGAUGUUUGAAACACAACCCUUAGACACAAUUAACAAGAACAUAACAGAAAUUAAAGUCAUCAGAGGAAUAUCCAUGGAAGAAAAUAUCAAAGGUGGGGUGAGUAGGGCAAAGUGGUUAUUUGAAACUCAACCUUUGGAGAAAAUCAAAGAAGAGUCAGAAGAGGUCAUCACUGAAAGGGAAACAAUAAUAGGUACUGAUGUCUCUAGAAAGUGUUGGAUGUUUGAAACACAACCAUUAGAUAUUCUAAAAGAAGUUCCUAACACAGACCCUAUAAGAUCUGAAGAGAUAAUAGGGGGUGAUGUACAAACUACUAAGCAUCUAUUUGAAACACUUCCAAUAGAGGCUUUAAAAGACAGCCCUGAUGUAGGAAAACUUGAAAAAAUUACUGCUUCUGAAAAAGAAAAGGGGGAUGUUAAGCACCAAAAAUGGAUUUUUGAAACCCAACCUCUGGAAGAGAUUAGAGAAGACAAAAAAGAGUAUGUAAAAACAGUGAAACUAGAAGAAGUUGACAGAGGAGAUGUAAGGAAUUACACACAUAUCUUUGAAUCAAACAACUUAAUGAAAUUCGAUGCAUCACAUAAAAUAGAGGUGGAAGGCAUCACAAGAGGUGCUGUAGAGUUAAAUAAAUCACUCUUUGAAACCACGCCAUUAUAUGCCAUUCAAGAUCACCUUGGAAAAUAUCAUCAAGUAAAGACAGUGCAGCAAGAAGAAAUCCUAAGAGGUGAUGUAAGAAGCUGUAGGUGGCUUUUUGAAACAAGGCCCAUUGACCAGUUUGAUGAAAGCAUUCAUAAAUAUCAGAUUAUUAGAGGAAUCUCUGCUCAAGAAAUACAGGCUGGGAAUGUGAAAUCUGCUAAAUGGCUGUUUGAAACCCAACCUCUUGAUUCAAUUAAAUAUUUUAGUAAUAUGGAAGAAGUAGAAAGUAAAACUGAACAAGCUACAGAUAUUGUUAAAGGGGAUGUCAAAAACUGUAGAUGGCUUUUUGAAACCCAGCCAAUGGAGUCUCUUUAUGAAAAAGUUUCACCAAUGACUGGCAAUGAAGAAAUUCAUAAGGGAGAUGUCAAAGCCUGUACUUGGCUCUUUGAAACGCAGCCACUUGAUACCAUAAAAGAUGACUCUGAAGCAACAGUCAAAUUGCAAACUGUAAAACAAGAGGAAAUCCAUGGUGGAGAUGUACGUACAGCAUGUUUUCUUUUUGAGACAGAAAACUUGGACAGCAUACAAGGAGAAGAAGGAAAGGCAAUCAAGGCCGUGGAAAUAGAUAUCCAAGCUGGGGAUGUCUCCAGCAUACGGCAUAAAUUUGAAAAUCAGUCCUUAGAUUCUAUAAGUUCCAGUUCAGAAGAAGUUUUGAAAAAGAUCAAAACCCUGAAGACUGAAGAUAUUCAAAAAGGCAAUGUUUUAAAUUGUAGGUGGCUUUUUGAAAACCAACCAAUUGAUAUGAUAAAAGAAAGCCAAGAAGGGGCUGAAUUAGUUAAGACAGUGACAGACAUACAAGGUGGAGAUGUAAGAAAGGGGUGCUUUAUUUUUGAGACUUUUUCUUUGGAUGAGAUUAAAGAAGAAUCUGACUACAUUAGCACCAAGAAAGCAAUUACUGAGGAAGUAAUGAAGGGUGAUGUAAAAAGCUACAGAAUGCUCUUUGAAACUCAGCCACUUUAUGCAAUUCAAGAUAGAGAAGGGUUUUAUCAUGAAGUGACAACAGUUAAAAAGGAAGAGGUAAUUCAUGGAGAUGUACGAGGGACAAGGUGGCUUUUUGAAACAAAGCCAUUAGACUCAAUUAAUGAAUCAGAGACUGUGUAUGUUAUUAAAUCUGUCACACAGGAAGACAUUCAGAAGGGAGAUGUUAGUUCUGUUAGAUACAGAUUUGAAACCCAGCCACUGGAUCAGAUUUCAGAAGAAUCGCAUGCUAUUGCGCCCACCGUGGACUCUAUUCAAGGUGGGGAUGUAAAGACAAGUAAAAAGUUUUUUGAGUCUGAAAAUGUGGAUAAAAAUACGUAUAUAAGAACAGUAAGCGUCAAUGAAAUACAAAAGGGCAAUGUUAAAACAUCUACUUGGCUAUUUGAGACCCAUACUCUAGAUGAGCUGAGAGGAGAAGGAUCAGAAUAUGAAAAUAUCAAAACUGUCACCCAGGAAGAUAUGCAGAAAGGUGAUGUGAAGCAGGCAGUAUGGCUUUUUGAAAAUCAAACCUUGGAUUCCAUUAAAGAAGCAGAGGAAAGCAUCACAAAAAUCACCAAGGAAGAAAUCCCUCCUUCUGAUGUUAAGACAACUACGUGGCUCUUUGAAACUACACCCCUUCAUGAAUUUACUGAAAACAGGGUAGAAAAGGUGGAAAUUAUUGGCAAGAGCAUUAAAGAAACCUUAGAAGAACUUUACUCGCAAAAAGUUAUUGAGGCUCCUGGCAUCAUCAUUGAAGCGGACGAGGUUGGGGACGUUCGAAUGGCAAAAUACAAGCUCAUGAAUCAAGCAUCUCCUGAGGUACAGAAAGAAGAAAUUAUCAGAGUUGAUAUCAAAAAUAUAAUGGUGAACCUACUUUCCAAAAGAGACUGUACAAAAAGAGAGAUUUUGGUUAGUGAGGAAGAGAAGGGAAAUGUUAAUUUGACCAAAACUCAAUUAUUAAACAGAUCAACAGAGUUUCAUGCUGAAAAAGAAGAGAUAGUGAGUGGUGAUGUACAACAAGCAAUAAAAAAUCUGUUCUCCCAGAAAAGUUCUGUAAAGAAAGGCAUUUUAAUUCAGGAAGAUGAAAGAGGAGAUAUUAACAUGACUAUCUAUUGCCUCCUUCAUGAAAAUGCUGGUGACACAACUGAGCGUGAAGAAGUAAUAGGGGGUGAUGUAAAACGUACCAUUCAUAACUUGCUAUCUUCCAUAUCAAACCAUAAGAUAUAUGAAAGGGCUAAAAUUGAUGCCUCUGAGAGGGGGAAUGUUCAGUUUUUUACAACAUGCAUAGAAACAGGAGCUUUGGAUUAUCUCAGACAACUCCAGACAGGAUCAAAUGAAACACCAACAGCUAGGAAACAAGAAAAAGAGGAAGAAAUCAUUGGUGGUGAUGUAGAAGGCACAAAACUAUUAUUAAAGAAAAGGCAGUCUCAGGUUGAGCGUACUGUUAAUGAAACUGACAUCAUCCCAGGAGAUGUGCAUAAUACAGUUAAGGUUUUUAUGACAGAGCCUCCGAGUACAUCUAGUAAGAUACCCAAAGAAGAAAUUUUGAGAGGUGAUUUGAAAUCAACCCUAAAUUCCCUCAGCCAGGCUAUCAAUCAGAAAACAACAGCUAAAACAGAAGAAAUUAUAAAAGGUGACAUGCUGACUACACUCAAGUCACUUAAUGAAUCAAGCCAGAAAUGGAAAGGAUCUAAGCAGCCUGAUGUUGUCCCUGGGGAUAUCGAGAAAACCAUCGAAUACCUUGAAAAGACUGCAAAUACGAGGACAGAAAUCCUGAAAAAGGAGCUUCUCCGAGAUGACCUUGAAGCAUCGUUAAGGAAUCUUAAAGACACACACAAAGCUUUCAAAGAAGUAAAUAAAAAAUGUAUAAUCAAAGAAGAUGUGCAAUCUGUGAUGGUAGGAUCUAAAGAAGAGCAGAAAACUGAGAUUCAUCAGGAGGCUGUCCAGAGGGACAAAAAAAGCAUUCUUCAGCCAAGACCAGGACCAUUUGAGCCAGCAUCCAGAUGGCAGGGGGAAAAGGACCUUCCCAAUCGUACUACAGGUAGAUCUGGUCAUGGGGAUUUAACAGAAGAAAGAACCGAGGCAAAUCUUCCCAAAGCCCCCAAAGGCACUGUCAAGAUUGUCGUAGAUCGUGAACAAAACAAUGAUGCUCUUGAGAAAAACCUGAGAAGGCUAUCUAAUUCACACCACAAAUCUACUAAAAAGGUGCUGGAAUCAGGGGACAGAAUGGGUGUUUGGACUGAUAAUACAGCAGAGCAACACCUUAGGGAUGAACAUGUGAGCAGACAAUUGACUUCAACUGCGUCACAUAGGGAAAAUCUAAAAACCAAGGAAUCAGAGACAGUGAGAGAACAGAAGGAUUCUGUCUCUAACUCUGUGCAAUCUAUUGAUAAAACCAUGGGAAAGCAACAGACUCAAACUUGGGAACUGAGGAAUGACCACCAGAAGAUUGAGGCUCUCUCUGUUAAGAGUACUAAAGGUACAAAAAACAUGAACAUAUCAACAAGCACACAAAGCUCUAAGCCCAGUUUUACCCAGGGUACAGUCAACAAGAUGGUUGGAGAAACAUGUGACGUUUCAGGAGACUUUCAGAAGCAGACUUUGUUUAAGCAAGAAAUGCAGUAUUCUAAUAAAGAUAUAAAGAAAAAGAAUGUGAACCCUCAACCAGUGUGGCAGACUUUGCCUACAGAUCAAGACAUGUCAAAUUUAACAGAAGUGAAAUUCUCCCCAAAAAGCCACAGUAAAUUUAAGGCAACUGACCAAAAGCAGACAGAUAUUCAUCUGAAGAACCAGGAUUUUCUAAUGAGGACAAAUACUUCCACAGACUUAAAAAUGGCAAUGGAAAUGUCCUUUAAUCCAACCAAAUUUAACCCUGAAAAUAAUGCCAAAGAUAGUGAGUUCCCUCUUCCACCUCCAUCUCCACCACCUCCUCCACCUUCCAAUGCAUCAUCUGAAGUUGAAUUUCCCCUUCCUCCUCCACCUCCUUUACUGAUGUUGCCUGAAAAAAAUGUGUUUCCUCCUUCACUGUCCACAGAAAAGAUAAAGGCUGAAUUUGAAAACUUCCCAGGCCUCCCUCUUCCUCCACCACCAGCAGAUGAGAAAUCUGAAAGAGAAUGUCUAUCAAUGUUUCCACCACCUCCUCCUCCUCUGACUCCUUCUCUAAAACCAGCAUAUCUUCCUUCCUCUUCUAUUCAAGAAAAGCACAGUGGAACAUUCAUACAAUAUUCCCAAGAAGAAGCCUCAAGCGAUCAGGCUAAAAUCAUGACAGAAAAAUCAGGAGGACGUUUGCCACCUCCCACACUCCCCAAACCCAAAUUUCCAAAGUGGAUAGAAGACAAAAAGAAUCAUAGUCCCCCACAAAUUGAAUUAGAAAACUCACUGCCAGGUAUGGAAUGUAAAAUGACUUCCUCAAAGGAUCAGAAAAGAGUAAUAAUGGCAACUGGCAGUGAACACAGAGAAACAAAACAGAAUGUAUGUAGGAAAAGUCUUGAUAAAAGAAAACAAUUAUCUAUGGACUCUACAAGGUCUUUCUCACAGACAGUUCCAGAAACUUCACCACCCAAGGAAAAACUGAUAACACCUCUGAUAAAAUCUCAUUCAUUUCCAGCGGGUUCAGGACAGCAAAGUCCAAAACCUUAUAUGAGAAAAUUUAAGACACCUUUAAUGAUUGCUGAGGAAAAAUACAGACAACAAAGAGAAGAGCUUGAGAAACAGAAACAGGAGAGUUCUUGCUACAACAUAAUCAAAAGAGAAAGCCUAAGUAGAAACAUAUCAGAGUUGAACAGGGAGGUGCUGUUACAGGAAACAAAGGAGGAGGUUCCCCUAUCUGGAAUGGAUUUAGGGGUCACUGUGGCCCAAACCAACCCAGCACCUCAAAAUCUUUCUCCGGUGCUAGAAAUGUGUACUGAUAACCAGAUCUCCACAACACCAACAGUGACAGUUGCUGCCAAGAGGCUCCAAAUUGUUCCAGCAGCUUUGGAAGACAAAGAUACCAUGAAAAAGGAAGUUUUGCAGAGCUCAAGGGACAUGAUCCAAUCUAAAGCAUCUUGUGAAACUAUACAGAGUCACCAAGACUGUAGUAUACAACAAACACAACAGAAGUAUCUGGAGCAACUGCACUUGCCCCAAAGCAAACCAAUUUCCCCCAGUUUCAAAGUGAAAACCAUCAAGCUUCCAACUCUAGAUCAUAAGUUGGGUGAAACAAACCACAGCUAUGAAAACAAUAAAAUCCAUGACAUUGAUGUUCAAACCAUUACCAAACAACAGUACCAGGAGACCGAGAAAACAGAAGCAAGGACUGAAUGUAGCAAUAAGCAAUCUGUGGCUGAAAAAUAUUAUCAGUUACCUAAGAAGGAGAAAAGAGUAACAAUAAAGUUGCCUACAGAAUCCACAGAGAAAACCCAUGAGAGUAAGCUCCAUCUAGCUCAUGAGGCACAUAAAGAAUUUAGAGAAUCUGAGAAUAGGAAACUUCCAGGAUGUGAAGAAACAAUUCAGGGACCACCAGUGAUUGGUCCCAAGAAAGAGAGACUAAUAGUCGAGCAAAAACAAGAAAAUUUGAAUAAAUCAGCCCAGAAGGUAGUCAAACAAAAGGUUACUGAUGCACAUCUUGAUUCACAGACUCAGAAUUCUCAGCAAAUACAAAUACCCACUUCUGAAAGUCAAGUUGAACAUAAAAAAUUGCCCCAGCCAUAUAAUAAUCUGCAGGAAGAAAAAUGUCUUAGCAUCAAGGGCAUGCAACAGAAGCAAGUCUUUUCUAAUACUAAAGAUUCAAAGCAAGAGAUUACACAGAACAAAUCUUUAUUUUCCUCUGUGAAAGAAUCCCAGCAAGAUGAUGGAAAAUGUGCUGUAAAUAUAUUGGAAUUCUUGAGAAAACGUGAAGAACUACAACAGAUUUUGUCUAGGGUAAAAGAGUUUGAAGCAGAGCCAGAUAAAAAUGGCCUUACAACAUUUCAGACACUGUUAAAUAUUAUUCCGGUAUGGCUAUUAAGUGAAGAAAAAAGAGAAUAUGGAAUUCGCAUCGCUAUGGAGAACAACAUAGAAAAAAUCAAAGAAGAAAUAACGCAUAUUAAAACUCAGGCAGAGGAUAUGCUUGUGUCCUGUGAAAAUAUAAUUCAAACAGCCAUGAUAUCCUCUAAAGCAGAAAAGCAGACAAAUAAAGCUACCAGUCUUAAUGAAACAUUAUGUAAAGUCUCUAAUGCUAAUGCCAGCUAUAAUAAAAACACUGAGCAGAAGGAAAAUACGAUUGCAGAAAAAACGGAGCGGCACCAAGUAGCAACACAUCAAGAAGCAACUACUCAUCAUCAUGUGAAAACCCAUCAGGAAAUUAAACUAGAUGAUAUCAAGGUUUCUCCUCCCUCUUUAAAAACACGGCCACCAUCACCAACUUUCAUAACCAUCGAGUCUACUGCCCGGCGAACAGAAACCUCGACAAAGGAUGAGCUUUCCCAGUCCCCUAAAAAGGACAGUUUUGCUGAACCAAGACCCAUGUCACAACCCUCUAGAAUUCACAGAACAAAUACCUCCCCUUCUCCACCCAAGAGUCGCUCUGAACAACUCAUCAAACUCAAAGACACCACGGCGAAGUUAUCCAGAGGGACCGUCCCGUGUUCAUCAACAACCCCGGUUCCUAUAGUGGAGAAGAGAUCUGAGAUCAUCACGUCUCCUGCAACACUUCGUCGUCAAAUUAAGAUUGAGACUCGCGGUAGGGACUCUCCCCCUACAAUCACAAUACCUAUAGGCGUAAAUCACACUGAUAGUGGUUCCUUCAGAGAAUCCGUGGAAGCUCAAGAAGAAGUUAGGAAAGUGGAGAAAAGGGCGACUUAUGUUCACAAAGACGGAGUAAGUUCCACUAAACACAUAGUGCCGGAUACUGAGAGCUAUGACGCGGUCGAAAUCAUCCGCAAAGUCGAAGGGCCUCGCCUGUCCGAGCACACUCAGAGAUACGAAGCGGCCAACCGGACUGUUCAGAUGGGUGAAAACUUCAUGAAUGGCCAUGAAAAUGAAAUAAACAGAUGGUUCAGGGGAUUUGAGGAUGACCCAGUUUUUGAAGCAAAGUCGAAUACAAGAGCUUAUGCAAAUGGAGAAGCAAACCAUAAUAUGAAACAAGAAAGUCAUACAUUUUCCAAGGAGGAAUAUGGAUUAACGUCCUUAGAAAACACUAGCUUUACUGGCUUUUCUUGCAAUCGUCUGAGAGAGCUGCAAACAACGAUUCCUGUUAAGCACCCCAGCCUACACUCUGAAACAAGGUCUCAAAGUGAACAUUUCUCAGGUGUGGACGCAUUUGAGAGUCAAGUUGUUGGGUCGAAGAUGACAGUCUCUUCAUCACAUAGUUCAGAAGCUGGCAGAUCUGGCUUUGACUUCAAGCAUGCCCCACCAACUUAUGAAGAUGUCAUUGCGGGACAUAUCUUAGAUGUUUCUGAUUCACCUAAAGAACUCAGUAGGAAUUUUCAACAGAAAUGGCAGGAGAGUGAAAGAGUUUUUAAAAACCUGGGAUAUGCCAGUUCAGGUUCUUCUGGGACUGAGAUAAACACCACCUUCCAGGAGGAAUCUGCAUUUCUCAGUGAAACUGCAACACCAGGACAAGGAAACAUGUACACUUUGUCAAAAGACAGUUUAUCCAAUGGAGUGCCUAGUAGCAGACAGGCAGAGUUUUCAUAAAUCCUGCUUCCGCUGCCACCAUUGCAACAGUAAACUGAGUUUGGGAAAUUAUGCAUCACUUCAUGGACAAAUAUAUUGUAAACCUCACUUUAAACAGCUUUUCAAAUCUAAAGGAAAUUAUGAUGAAGGUUUUGGA